ACGUGGAGCAGGUCAAGUUCUUUAUAUGGGUAGGAUAACCACUGGCCGGGACGGUGCUUAUGCCAAGACACACUGUUUAAGAGUAGCGUAUCCAAAUUCUUUUAAAAACGCAAAUAGUUGCUUAGAUCAUGGCUUUCACGAUGCUGAGGACUCUUGCGUCCCAGUACUCCUACACGGAUUUAAGUUUAAUGUCGGAGGAUGAAGAAAACCACAGUGGAAGCGACAGCAGUUCGGAGCAAAUCUACGGAUGCAGCAACGGCGCGAAGCGGGGAGGGAUAGUGGUGGUGAGGCAGCGCAACUCUGCUAACGCGCGGGAACGUGAACGGACACAAAACGUCAACACUGCCUUUACUGCUCUCCGAACACUCAUCCCAACCGAGCCUGUGGACAGAAAACUCUCCAAAAUCGAAACUCUUCGUUUAGCAUCAAGCUACAUCUCUCACUUGGCCAACGUUCUCAUUACCGAGAAUGGGCAUCUGGAGGGACAGCCGUGCCUCAGCGCGCCCCUGGUUGAAGGGAAGCAGCCCCGAACCAUCUGCACAUUUUGCCUGAGGAACCAACGCAGAGGGAUAAAAGAUGGGAAAGACUGCCAAAAACUACACUGCAAGGCGCGUGUGAGCCAUCGGUAGACCGAAGAUGAGGCGACAUUUCGAGGUUUACUGUACGCAUGAAACCUGGCAUCAGCUCUUGGACUUUACAGAGGAUUUUAUUGUAGCUGCCACAGAUUCCAAUGCAAUCAAGCAGCUCUUCAGAGUUGAACAAAUAUACAACUCACUGGAUGUAUAGUCUUCCCACUGUGCCGGUCGGCGUGCGCCAAAUCAAUGGACUAUUUGUGAUACAUUUCUGUGCAUUGCAUGUCUUUGUGAAUUGUGAAUUUUUCAUUAAAUCUAUAUUUUUACACUA